ACAGGAGAGAAGCCAUACAAGUGUGAUAUAUGUGGUAUGGAAUUCUCUGUAUCAUCUAACUUACAGACACACAGACGAGUACAUACUGGAGAGAAGCCAUACAAGUGUGAUAUCUGUGGUAAGGAAUUCUCUGUAUCAUCUAGCUUACAGAGACACAGACGAGUACAUAAAGGAGAGAAGCCAUACAAGUGUGAGAUAUGUACUAAGGGGUUUCCAAGACCAGAUCAUUUGUGCAGUCAUCAAAAGACACAUACAGGAGAGAAAGCUUACAAGUGUGAUGUGUGUAGUAAGGAGUUUUCUAAAUCAUUCAGCCUGAAGACACACAGACGAGUUCAUACAGGAGAGAAGCCAUACAAGUGUGAGAUAUGUAGUAAGGAAUUCUCUGUAUCAUCUAACUUACAGACACACAGACGAGUACAUACAGGAGAGAAGCCAUACAAGUGUGAUAUCUGUAGUAAGGAAUUUUCUACAUCAUCUCACUUACAGACACACAGACGAGUACAUACUGCAUAGAAGCCAUACAAGUGCGAUAUCUGUGGUAAGGAAUUCUCUGUAUCAGCUAGCUUUCAGAGACACAGACGAGUACAUAAAGGAGAGAAGCCAUACAAGUGUGAGAUAUGUACUAAGGGGUUUCCCAGACCAGAUCAACUGCGCAGUCAUCAAAAGACUCAUACAGGAGAGAAAGCUUACAAGUGUGAUGUGUGUAGUAAGGAAUUUUCUCAAUCAUUCAGCCUGAAGACACACAGACGAGUACAUACAGGAGAGAAGACAUACAAGUGUGAUGUCUGUAGUAAGGAAUUAUAUGUAUCAUCUGACCUUCAGACACUCAGAUGAGCACAUACAGGAGAGAAGCCAUACAAGUGUGAGAUAUGUAGUAAGGAAUUCUCUGUAUCAUCUAACUUACAGACACACAGACGAGUACACACAGGAGAGAAGCCAUACAAGUGUGAUAUAUGUGGUAUGGAAUUCUCUGUAUCAUCUAACUUACAGACACACAGACGAGUACAUACAGGAGAGAAGACAUACAAGUGUGAUAUCUGUAGAGAGAAGCCAUACAAGUGUGAGAUAUGUACUAAGGGGUUUCCCAGACCAGAUCAACUGCGCAGUCAUCAAAAGACUCAUACAGGAGAGAAAGCUUACAAGUGUGAUGUGUGUAGUAAGGAAUUUUCUCAAUCAUUCAGCCUGAAGACACACAGACGAGUACAUACAGGAGAGAAGACAUACAAGUGUGAUAUCUGUAGUAAGGAAUUUUCUACAUCAUCUCACUUACAGACACACAGACGAGUACAUACUGGAGAGAAGCCAUACAAGUGUGAUAUCUGUGGUAAGGAAUUCUCUGUACCAUCUAGCUUACAGAGACACAGACGAGUACAUAAAGGAGAGAAGCCAUACAAGUGUGAGAUAUGUACUAAGGGGUUUCCCAGACCAGAUCAACUGCGCAGUCAUCAAAAGACUCAUACAGGAGAGAAAGCUUACAAGUGUGAUGUGUGUAGUAAGGAAUUUUCUCAAUCAUUCAGCCUGAAGACACACAGACGAGUACAUACAGGAGAGAAGCCAUACCAGUGUGAUAUCUGUAGUAAGGAAUUUUCUACAUCAUCUCACUUACAGACACACAGACGAGUACAUACUGGAGAGAAGCCAUACAAGUGCGAUAUCUGUGGUAAGGAAUUCUCUGUAUCAUCUAGCUUACAGAGACACAGACGAGUACAUAAAGGAGAGAAGCCAUACAAGUGUGAGAUAUGUAGUAAGGAAUUCUCUGUAUCAUCUAACUUACAGACACACAGACGAGUACAUACUGGAGAGAAGCCAUACAAGUGUGAUAUCUGUAGUAAGGAAUUCGGUCGUUCAUCUAGCUUGCGGAUAGACAUGAAAUUACAUACAAGUACAAAAAAGGAGACGCCUAAAUGGAAGAAACAGGCGAGAAGUCAUACAAGUGUGAUGUCUGUAGUAAGGAAUUCUGUUAUUUCUCUGAGCUGCAGAAACACCUCGGCACACAUACAGGAGAGAAGUGUGAUGUGUGUAAAUGAGAAAUUUUGUCAAUCAUCUACCUUACGAGUACAUACAGGAGCUCGAGAAAACCUUUACAAGUGUGUGAUAUGUACUAAGGGGUUUCCCCGAUCAUAUCAUCUGCGUAGACAUCAAAGGAUACAUACAGGAGAGAAAGCUUACAAGUGUGAUGUGUGUAGUAAGGAAUUUUCUCAAUCAUCUACCUUACAGAAACACAGACGAGUACAUACAGGAGAGAAGCCAUACAAGUGUGAGAUAUGUACUAAGGGGUUUCCCUGACCAGAUCAGCUGCGCAGUCAUCAAAAGAAUCAUACAGGAUAGAAAGCUUACAAGUGUGAUGUGUGUAGUAAGGAAUUUUCUCAAUUAUUCAGCCUGAAGACACACAGACGAGUACAUACAGGAGAGAAGCCAUACAAGUGUGAUAUCUGCAGUAAGGAAUUU